AUUAAUCCACUUACAAUAAAAAUAUAGAUGGGGUACAAGAGAAGAUUUCAAUAAUUAAUCCUAAGCUAAAUUAGUCUUUUAGUCCCUCAAAUUAUAUUUUGGUUUCACUUUAAUCUCCUAAUUAUUUUCAUUAUGUUUUAGUCUCUUAAAUAUACUUUUGUUAGUCAAGUUGGUCAUUUCUAUUAAUUUUUGACAAAAAAUAAAAGUUAAGUUUUGUCAUGUGAGUCAUGUUCAAACUCAUAAACCUGGAUUUUUAUGAUAUUUUUCAACCUAAAAGUAGUGGUUUUGUUCCUCUUUUCAUCUGUACUCUGCAAAACUUGUGACUAAUUUUGUUUACAGUGAGAACACUAAUAAAUACAUAUGAAGAACAAAAUGGAUGAAUUGAAGUGACAUCAUUCAAAAAAAAUGUCAAGUUAAAUUCUCUAAAAAGAUCUAGAAAAUGUCUAUUUAUCAGCAUGACAUUAUGGUACACAUAAACCAUUUAAACAUACCGAUUGUGUAGUAUCAAAGUAGUAUCAGAAGAUUACAACAAUAGUAAGUAAUAGUAUCAUAAGAUUCGUUAGAAGAAUACCAUCUUCCACUACAUUUAAUUCCUUAAAUUGUCCAAUUCAAAAAAAAUAAAUAAAUAAACUACCAAAGAUCUUUAACCAUUUUCAAAUGUUGAAAUAAGGGUUCCUACAACAAAGAGAUGAAAACCUAAAACCCAAACAUGGAUACAACCAAGACAUAUAUCGCAAAUCCUAAUAAAUUAAACAUGAAUAUUUGUUAUAAUACUUGUUGGAGAUUCUAAGGGUGAUAGUUACUCUGCAUACCAAAAACCUUAAGGCAUAUCUCCACCCACCUAAAUCCCAAUAAAGUUGAUGUUGCAAUCACUUCCAACUUCGAAGACAUACUUGAUGUGGAAGAUUUUACCACAUCCUUGGUCAUGUGAGAAGAUUGAAAGCAAAUAAAUAAGGUGUGUACAAAUGCUUUUUAUGUUGUACGAACCAUGUGCUAACACAUGCAUACUCAAUUUUAAAAUAUAUCUAUAGUUUUACUCACUUGAUUUUCUAGGUAAUUCAACUUCAAAAUUUGUGCUAAAUGAUAUGGUUUAAAGGUGUGCUAUAACAAAUUCAAUAACAAAACUUGUAGGUACAAUGAUAUAACCAUCCAUCAUCCAUUAGUUACAUGACUAAAGUAAAUUUAACUAUUGAAUAAAGACCUCUUAUAUUUUGCCUUUGUUCAGCUAUCAGUUUGUUCUCUCAUCCAUCAUCCAAAACUAUUUUUACAACACCUCAUAAAUGGUCCCUAAAAUCUAAAUGGGAACAACAAAAAUGUUGUACUGCAUGUAAAACCAAAACAAAGAGCAAAAUAAAAUUUCAUCAAAACAAGACAUGAUUUUUCUCAUAUACUUCAUAAUAAAUCUAAUAUGGGUUUGUUUUUCAUUAUAGACACAAUUUAUGUUUCUUCAGGUUUUGUUAUUUACUAGUCCAUAUAAGAAGAUGCCUCUUUGUAAUUUCUCCUUUUCUAUUAGAAGUUAAGUUGAUUCUUUUAAUUUGUUUUAAAGAAAAAAAUAGAAGUAGAUUAUGAUGUACAAUGAGUUUUUCUUUAAGCCAUAUGUGUUUUAACUUGAAGGAAAUGCUUCCUAAUAAAGGACUUUGCAGCUCCUUUAACAUAUGCUAAAAUGCCCUAUUAAACAACUAUUUAUUUCACAAAAUUUUUUUGAUAGAAUAAUUUGUCCAAAGAAUAAAAGAUGUGGAAUCAAAAACAUAACGUGUGAAAAGAGUAAAGAACAUUGAAACUAUAUCAAUAGAAUACCAUAUAUUGAAAAAACAUAACCUAUCUUGCACACAUUAUAAAAAAUAAUUACAGCUUCAAAAAUAUGAAAUCAAAUAAUAGUGAGCAACAACUGAAUGAAGCAGCUGAAGAAGGUAACAUAGAUCUCCUCUACAAAGUAAUUAAGGAUGAUCCAUCCAUUUUGGAGAGUAUCGAUUCGAAACAAUUUGUCGAAACUCCUUUACAUAUCGCUGCAUCUAUGGGUCGUAUCCAGUUCGCCAAUGAAAUUAUGAGGUUGAAACCUUCAUUUGCUCGUAAGCUAAAUGAACAAGGAUUCAACCCUAUCCACCUUGCUAUGCUAAACAGCCGAAAGUGGAUGGUGUUUAAUUUUGUUGACAUGAAGAAGGAGCUUGUUACAGAUCAAGGAAGAGAAGGCUUAACUCCUCUUCAUUUAGCAAGUGAAAUUGGUGAUAUUGAAUUUUUAGCUAAGUUUAUUUCUGCUUGUCCAGAAUCAAUUGAAUGCUUGACUGCGAGGAAUGAGACUGCACUACAUAUUGCUAUUAAGAAUCAACAGUCUGAGGCUCUUCAAUUUCUUGUUGGGUGGCUCGUAAGAAAUGAGGAGAGAGGUGCUACAGAGUUGGAAAAUAAAAUACUUAACCAAAAGGAUGUGGAUGGAAACACUAUUUUGCACAUUUCAGCUCAAAGUAGUGAUCCACGGCACAGACAGUUGGAUUGUUGGUAAAGACUGGGAUAAAUUUGAAGGCAAAGAACUUGGACAACAAAACAACAUUAGACAUGGCAACCAAUGAAGAGAUUAAGAGUAUAUUGUUAAGAG